CGGAAGUGGUCGUGGGUGUUCUCUUAAAGGUUUGCUCCUCUCUGCUGACCCCCGGCAGUGCCAGGCGGCUAAACGGUUUUUCAUCCAGGACACUGUUAGUCGACACUUCUGGGACCAAACUGUAUUUUAGGAAACGUACUGUCGUGUAUGCCAGCUGAGCAGCCCAGCGGUCAGCAAAAUGAGCAGCGGAGGAGCUGGGGAGGGUGGUAAACCUGCCAAGGUUGGCUCUAUAGUGGAGGUGAUAGGAAAAGGUCAGCGUGGGACUGUUGCAUACGUGGGUGCCACCCUCUUUGCCACGGGGAAAUGGGUGGGUGUCAUUCUGGAUGAGGCCAAGGGCAAGAACGAUGGCACCGUGCAGGGCAAGCGCUACUUCACCUGCGAGGAAAACCAUGGGAUAUUUGUCAGGCAGUCGCAGCUCCAAGUGGUGGAAGAGGGCUCCAGUGCCACCUCACCAGACACUCCCGAGUCCGGCACAGCCAAAGUUCCCAAGCAGAAAGACAUUCCUGAGACUCCAAAAACAAGCAAACAGACACCUGUGACUCUAAAGAAGUCCUCUACCCGCCGCUCUGCCAAGUGGAGCACACCAGGCCGUCUUGUCUCUGCCACCUCCCUCCCUUCCCUCUUGAUACGCUCUGCCUGCCGCUCCCCCUCGUUGCCCAUGACGCCCAAGAGCAGCCUUGCCUCCUCUCUGUCUGGUGAUGUCAGCGAGGCGGGCCUGUCCUCCCAGGGUGCGCUGGCGGCUCCUGUUGUGCCCCAGCCGAGCGGGUCGCCUGCGGCACCUGCAACCCCAGCCCCCGCCACACCAAGCAAGGUGGAACCUGCCAUGUCCAAGCAGGAGGAGGAGUCACUGCGGGCCCAGGUGAAGGAUCUGGAUGAGAAACUCGAAACGUUGAAAAUGAAGCGGACGGAAGACAAGGCCAAGCUGAAGGAGCUGGAGAAACACAAAAUCCAGCUGGAGCAGCUCCAGGAGUGGAAGACCAAAAUGCAGGAGCAGCAAGCUGACGUGCAGAAACAACUCAAAGAGGCCAAGAAGGAAGCUCGUGAGGCUCAGGAGGCUAAGGACCGCUACAUGGAAGAGAUGUCAGACACAGCGGAUGCCAUAGAGAUGGCGACACUGGACAAGGAGAUGGCUGAGGAGCGGGCAGAGUCGUUGCAGGUGGAGGUGGACUCGCUGAAGGAGAAAGUGGAGGAGUUGUCCAUGGAUCUGGAGAUCUUGAAGCAUGAAAUCGAAGAGAAAGGCUCAGAUGGAGCUGCCUCAAGUUACCAUGUCAAACAGCUGGAGGAGCAGAACAGCAGGCUGAAAGAGGCCCUGGUCAGGAUGCGUGACUUGUCUGCAUCGGAGAAACAGGAGCACGUGAAGCUGCAGAAGCAAAUGGAGAAGAAGAACACAGAGCUGGAGACUCUGAGGAGUCAGAGAGAGAAGCUGCAGGAGGAGAUGAAGCAGGCUGAGGUCACCAUCGAUGAGCUGAAAGAACAGGUGGAUGCUGCGCUGGGGUCAGAGGAGAUGGUGGAGACCUUGACAGAGAGGAACCUGGAUCUCGAGGAGAAAGUCAGAGAGCUAAGAGAGACUGUCACUGAUCUGGAAGCCAUCAACGAGAUGAAUGACGAGCUUCAGGAGAACGCCAGGGAGACGGAGAUGGAGCUGAGGGAGCAGCUGGACCUGAGUGGAGCCAAGUGCAGAGAAGCCCAGAAGAGAGUAGAGGCCGCUCAGGAGACCAUGGCCGACUACCAGCAGACCAUCAACAAGUACAGGGAGCUCACCUCCAGGCUGCAGGAGGACAACAGAGAGCUGACCAGCCAGCAAAACGCCAACGCUGAGCAAGUUCAACAGCCUCCCGCAGAGCUCUUUGACUUCAAGAUCAAGUUUGCAGAGACCAAAGCCUAUGCCAAGGCCAUUGAGAUGGAACUGAGGAAGAUGGAGGUGGCUCAGGCAAACAGACAGGUGUCCCUCCUCACCUCCUUCAUGCCUGACUCCUUCCUCCGCCACGGGGGAGAUCACGAUUGCAUCCUGGUGCUUCUGCUCAUCCCCAGGCUCAUCUGUAAGGCUGAGCUGAUCAGUAAGCAGGCGCAGGAGAAGUUUGACCUGAACGGGAACCCAGUCCAGGGGACGGGGAUGAGAGGACCUCCUGGAGAACAGCUCAGCUUCGCCUCAGGACUGGUCUACUCCCUCACCCUGCUGCAGGCCACCCUGCACAAAUAUGAACAGGCUCUCAACAGCUGUAGCGUGGAGGUGUUUAAGCGCAUGGGGACAUUGUACUCAGAGAUGAGUGUCCACGAGCGCUCUCUGGAUUAUUUCAUCGACCUGCUGCACAAAGACCAGCUGGACGAGACUGUUCAGGUGGAGCCGCUUACCAAGGCCAUCAAGUACUACCAGCAACUGUACAGCGUCCAUCUGUCAGAGCUCACUGAGGACUGCACGGUUCAGCUGGCCGACCACAUCAAGUUUAUCCAGAGUGCGCUGGACUGUAUGGGAGCGGAGGUGACCCGUCUGCGGGCCUUCUUGGCUCCAGGUCAGGAGAGCUCUGGCCUCUUUGUCCUCCUGAAGGACCUGGACACUUCCUGCUCUGAUAUCAGACAGUUCUGUAAGAAGAUCCGACGCCGCAUGCCUGGAACAGAUGUGCUUGGAGUUCCUGCCGCUCUGAAUUUUGGACCACAGGUGUCAGAGACGCUGACAGAGUGCAGGCGGCAGCUGACCCGAGUGGUCGCUGUGCUGCAGGAAGUGGCUGCAGCCGGAGCUCAGAUGGUCGCUCCAAUGGCUGAGCAUGAGGGACUCAAUGCUCUCAAACUAGAGGACAUCGCUUUCAAGGCUACGGAGCAGAUUUACGGCUCUCAGGGCCUGAAUGCCCAGGAGUGUCUGCGUCAGUCCUGCAGCUCUGUCAUUGCCACCAUGAACAAGAUGGCAACUGCCAUGCAGGAGGGAGAGUAUGACGCUGACAAACCACAGGGCAAGAUUCCUCCAGUUGAGAGUCGAGCGGCUGCCAUCAGGGCAGAGAUGACUGAUGCCGAGGGUCUGGGAGUAAAGCUUGAGGACAGAGAGACUGUAAUCAAGGAGCUCAAGAAGUCCCUCAAGAUUAAGGGUGAGGAGUUGAGUGAGGCCAAUGUCCGUCUGAGCCUCCUGGAGAAAAAGCUGGACACCUCUACCAAAGAUGCUGAUGAGCGGGUGGAGAAGAUUCAGACCAAACUGGAUGAAACCAACACACUGCUUAAGAAGAAAGAGAAGGAGUUUGAGGAGACGAUGGACGCUCUACAGGCCGACAUUGAUCAGUUGGAGGCUGAGAAGGCAGAGCUGAAACAGCGCCUCAGCAACCAGUCGAAGAUGACCAUCGAGGGUCUCAGAGGCCCACCUGCCUCUGGAAUCGCCUCCAUCGUCCAGGGAGCCGCUGGAGCAGCUCUUCCUCCAGCCAUGCCCGGGGUGACACAGAUAGUGGACUCCCCUCUGCUCAGACAGCAGGUGGAGGCUCAGAGACUGGGCAUCAAACACCUCAAGAACGAAAACAACAGACUAAAGGCUGAGAAGAUAAGAGCCCAGCUGGCCUCGCUGCCUCCGCUCCACCUGCCCAAACUGCCACAGAUAUCCAGAGAAAGCUCCUCACCUCCAGAGGGACUCAACACAGGCAUCUACCGCAGGACUGAUGAGCUGCUGGCCACACUGCUCAAACUCAGUGCCCAGGUUAAAGUGGUGGACAUCACCGGCAAGACAGCAGUCAGUGCCAGUGCGCAGCUGCUGGAGCAGACAGCUCGACUGCAGAACUUCAGCAACGCUCUGGACAAACUCAAGAAUGAAGUAGCUGAACAUGUAGUAUCAUAUCAGCCAGGAGCAAAGGCCUCGUCUGACUUCGCCACCUUCCCUGUCUCCACCUUUGUUAAGGCCAAGGAAGAGAAGCAAGGAGGAACCGUGUAUGUGGGUCGUGUUGCCAUCCCCUGCACCCGUGGACAGGAACAAGUCCACCGCCUUGUCCUAUCACAGCAGCAGCUUCAAAAAGUGCACCGCCUUCUCAUGGCCUGAAACGGCACGCCAUUGGCCCAUGUUGAUGAUUAACAGGGUGCCAGUAAAACACAGCACAAUUUUUGUCCCCUUCCUCCUUCUUCCAACUUCUAUUUCACUACAGCAAUCUCCUCUGUUCUCCCUAGUGGUCUUCAAUUUCUCUCAGGAAAUUUUGUCCACCAUUCGUGUCAUUGUAACUGUAGCUGUUAUGAACUCCAUGCCAAAGAGACACAGCGGAGUGCUCUCAUUCAGUACAACAUUGGUCUAAUCAGAAUGCUGUUUGAUAAUUUCAAAGUUUCCAGAGUGAUCUGACUCCUGAAUGUCACGUCCUGUAUGUCAAGUAUACAUUGUACAACAGUUGAUUUGUGGAAGUCCAAAUUUUGAUAACUUUUUGAAAACAGAAAAAACAGAACAGAAAACCAACACCAAGUGGGUUUUUCGUGCACAAGUUGCCCUUUUUGUCUUCAAGCAUAUUUUUAAAAUUGUAGAUGAUUUAGACAUAUGCAAGAAAGAACGGUUUCAUAAGACAUGUUAACUGUCAAUGAGGAAAUCUGCAAGCAGUGGUCAAUUAGGAAUGCUACAGCAAUUUAUAUAUGUAGGCUUUUGAGUAUUUUAAUUACAUUCCUACCCAAUUUUCAGUGACCUUAUACCUUGUAGUACUGUUUAAUAGUGUUUCUGAACUUAAGUGACAUGCAACAGACAGUACACUUACUGAUAUUUUCCAUAUUUAUCUGUAUUGUGUACAAGCUGGCUCAGUUUACUGUUGUGCAAAAAACAAAUGAAUCUGGCAUCUGCUACAUUAUGUCAGCAUCUCCAAAAAUCAGCAACUGUACUGUAACUUGUAGCAGUAGGGAAAAGGUCUCCAAAAACUCCCAAAGCCAUAAGUUUGUAAACCAGAGGGCUACGUGUGAGUGUAUAUCAUUUGUUUUAUCGUCUUUAUGCUUGAUACACACUAUCAAGACCUACAAAUAAAGUUUUCUUCCCAAA